AUUUUUAGGAUAAUAUUCGUGUGAAAUUACAGCAAUUCUAAUCGUUGAUUUCCAAAAAAAAAAAAAAGAAAAAAGUUAAAGAGAAAACUGGAAGAAGAACAUUAACGAUAUUCCGGAUGCAUCAAAUGUUGAAAGCCGAAAGUACCGUGAAAGAUAUUGAUGACAUCGAAAAAAACUCUAAUGAUUUAUUAUGUACGGUAUGCGGUGAUCAGGCAACAGGUCGACAUUACGGAACAAUUGCAUGUAACGGUUGUAAAGGUUUCUUCAGGCGAACUAUUCGGCGUGGUUACCGGUACACGUGUCGUUUUAGUAGUAAUUGCAAUAUUGACAAACAUAAUCGAGCAGUUUGUCGGUCAUGUCGUUAUAUGCGUUGCAUUAAUGCUGGAAUGAAGAUAGAUGCAGUGCAAAAUGAGCGUGAUGUAAUCGGUAGGCGGAAUAAUCAUACUCCAUCAGCGUCACCAUCAACAAGUGUCACAGCUGCUGCUGCUCAAAGUACUACAAAUAAUGGAUCACCGAAUAUAAAAUUCGAACAGACAAAAACAACCAAUCGAAAGCAAUCUUCUCGCAAUGGGUCUGAAAUGCAAUUUAUGGUUUCCUCAACAACUUCUUCAUCUUCAUCAUCAAAUUCAACAUUACCAUCGUGGGAUACGCCACGAUCAUUGUUAGAAAGUCUUCUUUUAUCUGAGAAAAAAAUGCAAAGUUUGAGAGAAACAAUUAUAAAACAAACUGAUGUUCCAUUAUUGACAAAAAAUCAAUUGUGUGGAACAAAUGAUGCUGGUCGUACAGCAACCAUUAGGGAUAUUUAUGCAAGUAUUCAUGGUCAAUUAUUACUUGUGAUCGAAUGGGCCAAAACUUUAUCUCCAUUUGCAGCACUUUCAACCGAUGAUCAGACAGCAUUGUUGAAGAAUUACGCUUCACAACAUAUUAUCCUUGGUGUUUCAUAUCGUUCCAAAGAUAAUUCAAAUUUUCUUAAAUUACUCAACGAUUCAUGCAUACCACGUUGUGGUGAUCAUAACAGUACGGAAUAUCUCGAAAAUAUUUAUUUUCGUGAUUGUGAACGUAUUAUGGAUCAACUUGUUGCACCAAUGAAAUUUCUUAAAAUUGACGAUGUUGAAUUUGUUGCCUUAAAAGCCUGUGUUCUAUUUAAUCCUGUAGCAAAAGGCUUAUCAAGUGGAUGUGUUAUGGAUAUCUUAGCAACUCGUCGACGUAUAUUUGGCGCAUUGGAACAUUAUAUUAGCACAAAGAUUCCAACUGAUGUGAAUAGAAUUGGUGAUCUUACAUUCUUCAUAUUAUCACCGUUACAGGCAUUAGCGAAUGCUGUCUGUGAAGAUGUUCUUGUAUUCAAAUUAUCAGGUGUUGCAAAUAUUGAUCAGUUAAUGGAAGAAUUAAUUUUAACUGAAACAAAAGAACGAAAAUUCUCGGGUCGUUUAAAUUCUGAAAGUUUAUCGAUAAAAAAUUUGCAUGCGGAAAGAUUGAAAGCAUCUAAUUCAAGUAAUUCAGCUUCAUGUGAUGAUGCAAAAAGUCCUAUCCCAAAUCAAUUGAAUAAUGCUUCGAAUACAUCAUCAUCUACUGAUGGUAUAAUUAAUGAUUUCGAAGAAUCAUCAUAUCGUCGAUAUUCACCAGCUAUUAGUACACUAUCAUCCUUUAUUAUGGAUCCUUUUAAUAGGUAA